AUGUGCACAGGUGAACAAAUGCAGCGAGAUUCCAGGUGCACAGGUGAAAAGAAAAGGGAAACGCCAUGUGCACAGAUAACCAAUGCAGAUGAGACACCAGUUAAAACAUCUGGUGGCGUUCAGUGUGCAGGGAUUGCUCUUGCAACUGUGGGGGAAUCUGAUGCAUAUUCAUGUCUAGCAUUGCAUAAUGGCUCAGGCACUUUAGCUACGACCAAAUUGACACGACCGAAGGGCGCCCCGUCGCGCUCCAGCCGCUCCAGCAGGUCCCCGGGCGGCUCGCGCGUCGGCGCCCCGGGCGAGGCGGGCGGCGAGGCGGCGACGAGGGUGUGGGUGCCGCCGUCCAGCAGCGAGGACGACGACGAGGACGACGAGGCGAGCGCGUCGAGCGAGAGCGACGGCCAGAGCGACACGAGCGGCCUGCUGGUGCGCAUCAAGCAGAAGGCCGCGUCCGCCGACGAGGACGAGGCGGCCUUCCUGCGGCGCUACGGGCAGGAGCGCACCUUCGGGCGAACCGUGCGGCUGGCGCCCUCCGCAGGCCGCAGCCGGGACCUGGGGGUGGCGGCGGGCAAGGCGCUGCCGGGGGGCGGCACGGGCGCGCGGCGGGCGGCAGGUGGCGGCCACGCACGGCUACCGCGCACGACCUACAUGACGCUGUACCCGGGGCAGCCGGACGCGGCGCCCGCGCGCUCCGACGACGACACGCGCAGCCUGCCCGACCUGCCAUCGCUGAAGGCGUCGCUGCCGGCGCUGCGCACCAGCCCCAGCCGCCGCAAGCGCCCGUCGCUGCCCUUCAUCGGGCGCGCGCAGCGGCCCUCCGCGCUCGUGUGGCGCGACCUGCAGGAACCACCGCGCGCGCCCUCGCCGCCGCGCGACAUCAAGCUCACCUACAGGUACUACGACUUCCGGCGGCUGACGCGCCCCCGCAAGCGGCGCCACAAGCGGCGGGCCAAGAGCCGCUCGCCCAGCCGCUCGCGGCCGCCGCGCCGCAAGGCGACGCACAUGACGCACAACGCGCACGCCCACAACCCCGGCCCCGCGGGCGCGACGCCAGCCGCCAACCCAGGCUCGUCCGGCCGCCGCCCCCGCCCGCGCAAGAGGGCGCCCCGCGCGGCCCUUCACGCCGCCCACGGCACGACGCCCCAGAAGGACGGCGGGCGCGAGGCCGAAGCCCCGCGCCCGCCGCCCGCCCCGCGCGGCGUCAGGAUGAUCGACGUGAACCAGCUGACCAUCGGCGGCUACCGGGAGAACCCGAUGGCCCGUUGGCAGGCCACGCCCCGCCGCCCGCAGCCGCCCAUCAUGCCGCCCAACUCGCACCUGGCCACCACGCCCCCGCUGCUGCGGCGCUUCCUCGACCCGCGGGCGCCGCUCUUCUGA